GUACUAUUUACAAUUUACCUUCAUAUCAUUUAAUUCAAAAGAUACAAUGAUAUUAAUCACUGGUGUCUGAGGGUGCUCAAGCUUCCUCCCACAUUCCAAAAUAUUCCGUAAAUUGAAGACUCGAAGUUGUCCAUCAGUGUUCAAUCAGCUACCCAUCUGCCCAUGAGAAAAGAGAUACCGCACGACCACCAGAGUCACCGCUGAUUUAAAGAUUUUAGAAUCAUGGCGACCUCAGAGGAGACGGAUCAACAAGGCUCUCCAACCCAAACAUCAACAGUUUUUGUUCCUGACGCAUUUCCUUCAGAUUUUACACAACAGUUGGGCAGAGCUCUAUCCUCUUCGGAGCACCCACCAACAGCAAAGCCAUUUUGGGCACCUCUUGAAACGGAUGCCCCGGUCACAUUAGCUUCAAACAACAACAACAACAACGAUGAGGUCCACAUUUGCCAGCUUUGUAGCAGCUGGUAUGAGACACGUAAAGGUCUGUGCAGUCAUGCUCGCUCCCAUCUGCAACAGAUGGGAAUCCCUGACAUUGACAUCAAGGGCGACCCCAUUGACUUUCUAUACCAGAUCAUGAAUGACCGAGACCUCAAGUCCACCAAGAAGCAGCAACAGGAGCCUUUACCCACAAACAGUCGGCUCGGGACUCCCACUAAACGUCCCUCAGGGCUGUCCCCUCCACCCACGUCUCCUCCCUGUAAACGGCCAAAGCCCCCUGACGAGUUCACUUGUAUUCUUUGCGGGGAGGUAUGUAAAAAUCGAAAAGGCCUGGCUAGCCACUCACGGUCUCACCUGCGACAGAUUGGGGUUCUUGACCUGCUGGGCAAGGAUGAGUCCGCUAUCGGUACUGUACAAGAAUUGGUGAGCAGUGGUGUGUUGGAAGCUGCACGCCCCCUAAAAAUGAACAGCAUCACCAGCUCCUUCGCAGCACCCUCUUCAGCACCAACCUCUCCUCUGGCCUCCCAGCCUCUGUCCUCUGUCACAGAGCAAUGCAGGCCAUCUUUUCCCUCCACUUCAUCAAGCCUUGCAAAGUCUCCUCAGAGCCCAGUGAACCGGGCCCCAAAGGCUAAGAAAGGCUUUCGUCUGGCAGUGGACCCCCUCCUCAGAAUGCCCAAGCCUGAGCCUUUGGAGGUUGAUGUGUCACUAGUGAGCGGAGCCAGCUCAAGCAGCGCAAGUACUCCCCCACUGAAUUUAUCUGCCCCUGCAACUCCUUCCAAGGCUCUCAGUGCAGAUGAACCUGCGCCACCCACGGUCCUUUGUGACUACUGCGGUCAGCUUUUCGAGACUCGCAAAGCACUGUCGUGCCACGCCCGCGCCCAUCUGCGCCAGCUUGGCCUCACCUGGUCCAUCAAGACGUCGCCGAUUGAUCUCCUCAAUGACAUUAUGAUGCGUGGUGACGACAGGUUUUUGUCCAACGAGGUGUCAUCGUCCGGGAAAAUUCAGGGUAGUCCUCAAGGUUCCAAAAGGACAUCAGAGUCCUCCCAACAGGCGAUCUCCAACCUCUGCUCCUCACCUCUGGAUUAUUCAAUUAAAGACAAAUCUCCAUCUUGCAAGAGUGAGACUUUGACCUUGGGCAAAUCCUGUGAGCUUUGUGGCUACACGUUUGAAAACCGCAAGGCGCUAGCCAGUCAUGCACGGGCUCACCUUCGCCAACUGGGCGUGCUUGAAUGGAAAUCGGAAGGGGCCACCUCACCGAUUGAACACCUAAGGGAGUUGAUGCGGAAGGACCCGGUUAAGGUGGCCGCUGUCACCCGACGCUAUCGCGAGGGAGACUUCAACAUCAAGAAGGUUCUGUGAAAAAGUAUUUCAUGGGCCUCUGUCUGUCCAAGAGCAGUGGAUUACACACCUGCAAAAACACAUCUUGUCGCUAGGCUACCAAGGUCAAGAGUCUCCCCCUGCUGCUCCAGUCGCUCCUCCUGGUCUCAUCCAUCCUGUGGCUGUAUAGUUUGAAGAGUUCUAACUCUGAAACACGCACAUGUAUGGGUGAAUGUAUUUAUGAUGACUUUGAGGUUAUGCUACUUUCACUCUCUGGCGCAAUGCUUUUUAAGUGAUCUGUAUUGUUCCAAUUUUAAUGUGUGUGUGUGUGUGUGUGUGUGUGUGUUUAUGUCUCAUCUCUAUGUAUAUGCCAAAUAGCUAGAUGGAUUAAUUUAUCCAGUUUAAAAAAAACGUUUCUACGCGUGUGCGUGCGUGUGUGUGUUGAGGCGGGG